GAAACAGUUCAAGAAGGCUCAAUUGGCUUCAAUGAAUUUCUAAAUUUGCAAAUUUAUCGACAUCAAGUUCGUAAAAAGAAUCAAAUUCUUGCUGGUGAUUCUUUUGAGGGGGUAGUUUGGGUUGAGCUUAAAUGAAACAGUGAGUAUUCAUAUAGCUGAUCCUAACUUGUUUGGCACUGAGGCGUAGUAGUAGUUGUCUGUUUUUUUUUUUUUCACUUUUUCAUUUUUAUGUUUUUUGGGGUUGGAGAGAGGUGAAAAUGGAGGAAAUAGAAGAAGCUAACAAGGCUGCUGUUGAGACUUGUCAUAGAGUGAUUAGUAUUUUAUCAUCUAGGACACAUAAUGCUCAGAAUAAUCAGUAUAUGAAUUUAGUUACAGAAACUGGAGAAGCUGUACACAAGUUCAAGAAAGUUGUCACUCUUUUGAACUCAACUUUAGGUCAUGCAAGAGUGAGGAAAUUGAACAAAUUUAGGACCCCUCUGCCUCAUAACAUCCUCGUGGAAAACCCAAAUUGCAAAAUCAAUGAGCAUCCGAACGCUCUUAGGUUACUUCCUAUCGACUCUCCUGAAAAUCGAGCCCUAGAGAUGGGUAGUGCUAAUGUGAAAUGCAAUCUAACUUUGGGAACCCCUUCUGUGGAAUUAAGUUCAAGUAGCAGAAAUCCGCUUAAUUUUGGCCAACAAAUGCCUUGCAACAAUAACAUACCCCGUGUGGUCCCACAAGUCGAGUCUGGGGAGGGUGGCAUCUAUGCAGACCUUACCCCUACCUGUGGUGGGGUAGAGAGGGUGUUUCCGAACCAACAAACGCCUUUGCCAAUCUAUAACUAUCUUCAACAGCAGCAGCAGCAACAACAACAACACCGGUUUCUACUUCAGUGGCAGCAAUUGAAACAGCCGGCGGAGAUGAUGUACAAGCAGAGCACUAGUGGCGUUAGUCUAAAUUUUGAUAGCUCGACAUGUACUCCGACAAUGUGUUCGACUAGGUCUUUUUUAUCCUCAUUGAGUGUCGACGGUAGUGUUUCUAAUUGUAAUAGCUUUCACUUAAUUGGGUCUUCUUGCUCUGCGGAUCAGAGCUCGUUCCAACACAAGAGAAGGCGCUCCGGAAGGGGAGACGGGGGAAGUGUGAAAUGUGGAAGCAGUGGGAGGUGUCAUUGUUCAAAGAAGAGGAAACACAGAGUAAAGAGGUCAAUCAAAGUACCCGCUGUAAGUAGCAAGCUAGCUGAUAUUCCUGCCGAUGAAUAUUCUUGGAGAAAGUACGGACAAAAGCCGAUCAAAGGUUCUCCACACCCUAGAGGAUACUAUAAAUGUAGCAGCAUAAGAGGCUGCCUUGCGAGGAAGCAUGUCGAGCGAUGCUUGGAAGAGCCUUCAAUGCUUAUCGUGACGUACGAAGGUGAACACAAUCAUCCGACGCUGCCAUUACAAUCAUCUAAUGUCUGAAAUCUAUUGGAAUUUUAACAAAGCUGAUCACAAUCCUCAACAGUUUUUGCGUAUUCUGUAAUUGAUUGGCUUCCGUUGUUUACUGUACAUAUGAUGCUUGUUUAAGCUUUGAAAAAUGAGGAUAGGACUAAAUUUACGGUUCAUUGGUCACCCUUUUAGGGUUAUUUGGAGGAUAAAACAUCGAUUCCAGGUUGAAGAACUAGGCGAUGGGAUUCAAGAUUUUCCUGAUUGUAAGAAUAUUUCCUCAA